GACUUUAAUUUUUCAAUUAGCCAUUUUAAUUUUGUAUAUUUGAGGUUGCCAUGAACAAUCCCACGUCAAAAAGCAUCUCAAAUUUCUUCUCUCUCUCUCUAACAAAAGGAAAAUUUGAGAGAUGAGAUUCUUGAAUAAUUCUUGAUUCCAUCAAAUCUACCUUUCCGUUCAAAUCUCAAACUUCUGAUUAACCCAAAACAACAACGACAAGGUUUUUAAAUCAAACCUCGAAAACAACAAUGGACGACAACAGCAGCAGCAACACAAAAUUAGGUUCAGGAGAAUCAAAAAACAACAACAGUGAACAACAAGAAGAGAACCCAAAUUUGAGCUCUAAUGGAGAACAACAAGAAGGAGAUGGAGAGAGAGAGGGUGGUGGUGGUGGUGGUGGUCCUCAACGUCAGACUUCAAGAAGAACUCCAUUCACUAAUCUCAGUCAAGUUGAUGCUGACCUUGCUCUUGCCAGGACCCUUCAAGAACAGGAAAGGGCAUACAUGAUGCUAAGAAUGAAUAAUGAUGGGAGUGAUUAUGGAAGUUGGGAAGCUGGAAGUUAUUUGCACGAUGAUGAGGAUGAUUUUGGUGAUCCCGAUGAUGAGACUGAUGGAGAUGAUGACACAGAUGUGGAUGACGCGGAUGCAUUUGAUGUUCAUGCUCAUGCUGAUGCUGGAGAUCAUGAUAGUACCGAAGGUGAAAUUGACCCUUCUGUGUAUUCCAGUGAUGAGGCUUAUGCCCGAGCCUUGCAGGAAGCUGAAGAAAGGGAGGUAGCUGCUAGACUGCUGGCCCUUGCUGGCUUAAAUGAUAUUACAGGAGAAACUGAGGAGGAUACUGAAGAAGAUCGCGAGGAUAAUUCUCAGGAUACAUGGGAGGAGGUUGAUCCUGAUGAACUCUCAUAUGAGGAGUUGCUUGCAUUGGGUGAAGUUGUUGGAACUGAAAGCAGAGGCCUGUCAGCUGAUACAAUUGCUUCUUUGCCUUCAAUAAACUACAAGACAGGAAGCAAUCAGAAUGGGAGCAAUGAUUCCUGUGUCAUAUGUCGCUUGGAUUAUGAGGAUGGUGAAACUCUGACUCUGCUUUCCUGCAAGCAUUCUUACCAUUCAGACUGCAUAAACAAUUGGUUGAAAAUAAACAAGGCCUGUCCUCUUUGCAGCACCGAGGUCUCCACUUCUGCACACAGCUAGCAUUUGUCGGAUCUUCCUCUUCUACUUGUCAAAACCACCUGGAUUUAAAAAGAAAAAAAGACCGAUGCAUGCACUGCUUGCAUGAGUUGGCUGAACAAGUGUAGCUCUUGUAUUGAAUGCUUUUCCCAAUAGGGGAAACGCCCCGAAUGUGCAUCUUGUAUUAAUUCUUCCUUAGCAUUCCAUAUAUAAGAAACCAGCACUACAAAUUGGUUUCUGGUAACUUUACUAUAUGUGGCCAUUAUAGCGAAACUUCUCCGGGAUGGUGCCCGCUUUCUGUUAUUUUUCUCAGAAUCUUCCUUUCAAAUGAAUAUGGUCUCACCCUACCAAAUUAAAUAACAGCAUGUAUAUAUAGAUGCUGUU